CCGCCCCGCCGCGACACUGCCGGGGGCGGCCAUGGAGCCCGCGCCGGUGCCCGACGGGCAGCACACGGCCGUGGUGUACGGGCUCAUCAGCGGCGGGCGCUUCGCGGAGGCGGUGUCGCUGCUGAACCGCGGGCUGCAGAAGAGCUGCCGCUCCCGGGGCUGCCUCUCGCUGCUGGGCUACUGCCACUACCAGCUGCAGGAGUUCGCGGCGGCGGCCGAGUGCUACGAGCAGCUGGUGGCGCUGCACCCGCAGCUGCUGCCGUACCGCCUGUGCCAUGCGCAGGCCCUCUACAAGGCCGGGCUGUUCGCCGAAGCCCUGCGCGUCGUCAGCCCGCUGCUGGACGUCCCCGCCUUCCACCGCCGGGCCCUGCGCCUCCAGGCCGCUGUCCACUAUGCCCAGGGCGACCUCCCGGCGGCCCAGAGCCUGGUGGAGGAGGAGCUCGCCGCCGCUGCUGACGGCGGCUCCGGAGCGGCCGAGGACCCUUCGGAGCGGGCCGAUGCCGAGGUCAACCUGGGCUGCCUGCUGUACCGGCAGGGCCGGCACGAAGAGGCCAGCAGCAAGUUUGCCAGCGCCAUGCAAGUGUUGGGGUACUGCCCGGAGCUGUCCUACAACAUGGCCCUGUGCUCCUACGCGGCCAAGCAGUACCACGCUGCCCUCAAGUACAUCUCCGACAUCAUCAAGCGCGGCAUCCACCAGCACCCGGAGCUCAACGUGGGCAUGACCACCGAGGGCAUCGACGUCCGCAGCGUGGGCAACACGCUGGUCCUGCACCGCACGGCCCUGGUGGAGGCCUUCAACCUCAAGGCGGCCAUUGAGUACCAGCUGCGCAACGUGCGAUCGGCGCAGGAAGCGCUCACGGACAUGCCUCCCAGGGCCGAGGAGGAGCUGGACCCGGUCACGCUGCACAACCAAGCACUCAUGAACAUGGACAGCCAGCCCACUGAUGGGUUUGGGAAGCUGCAGUUUCUUCUCCUGCAGAACCCCUAUCCACCAGAAACUUUUGGUAACCUGCUACUUCUCUAUUGCAAGCAUCAAUACUACGACCUGGCAGCUGAUGUGCUGGCAGAGAAUGCCCAUCUGACCUACAAACUGCUCACACCUUAUCUGUACAACUUCUUGGAUGCCAUUAUUACUUGUCAAACUGCCCCUGAGGAGGCUUUCCACAAGCUAGAUGAUUCAGCAGGGACUAUUACUGAGCAGCUGAGAAAACUCACAAAACAGGUACAGGAAGCUAGGCAAAAUUGGGAUGAUGAAGCUCUAAAAAAGGCAAUAAAUGAGUAUGAUGAGACUCUGGAUAAAUAUGUUCCUGUCUUGAUGGCCCAGGCAAAGAUUUAUUGGGACAUGAAGAACUACACAAUGGUAGAAAAGAUCUUCCACAAAUCAGUGGAGUUCUGCAAGGAACACGAGGUGUGGAAGCUUAAUGUGGCUCAUGUGCUCUUCAUGCAGGAGAACAAGUAUAAAGAGGCUAUUGGCUUCUAUGAGCCAAUAGUUAAAAAGCACUACAGCAACAUUCUGGAUGUCAGUGCCAUUGUGUUAGCAAACCUCUGCGUUUCCUACAUCCUGACAAACCAGAAUGAGGACGCAGAGGAACUAAUGAGGAAGAUUGAGAAGGCAGAAGAGCAGCUGUCUUAUGAUCAUCCUGAUAAAAAUACCUACCAUCUUUGCAUUGUCAAUCUGGUCAUUGGUACCCUCUACUGUGUGAAGGGAAACUAUGACUUCGGUAUUUCAAGGAUCAUUAAAAGUCUGGAGCCGUAUAACAAAAAACUGAGCACGGACACGUGGUAUUAUGCUAAGCGGUGUUUCCUGUCCUUGCUGGAGAACAUGUCCAAGCACAUGAUCAUGCUGCGUGACAGUGUGAUUCAGGAGUGCCUGCACUUCCUGAAGCAAUGUGAACAGUAUGGGAGAAACAUCCCAGCUGUUAUUGAGCACCCCCUUGAAGAGAGUGCGACACACAGUGGGAAAAACACAGUCACCUAUGAAGCCAGGCUUUUGAGGGCGCUGAUGUAUAAGAUCACUGGGUGGGCUGAGUAAAUUUUGUUAUCAUACAGCAGAAAUGAGAACUUUGUUCUUCUGCUUGUGAGGUAAUGCUAACCCUCACAAAAAUCUCUAAAGAUUUUGUGCUGUAUUUUAACAACGUUCAAUAGAAAAUAGAAUAUUUUCAUUAAAUUAGAUGUACCAGAUAACUAGGGACAUUCUCAAUAACCAGGCAUGUUAAAUAAAACUUAAGAUGUGUUGACCAAGAAUAUAAUUAUAGAAAUACCAUAGAGUUUUCACCCAUAAAUAAUAUUUAUCCUUCUAAAAUUUUGAUCAAGUUUCUUUUCAUUGGUUGACGUUUGAAAAAGAAAUUGUUAUGUGUGUCUUCUAGGACAGAAUUUGAAGAAACUGUUGUUUUAAUUCUCUAAUUUGUGCCUAUGUAUGAAACAUUUCUUUCUUCUGCUUUUUCUAAGGUAUUUUUAGUAUGUUGCAGAUCACAUCGAUAGUAUAUUUAAACACAAGAAGUGGCUCUAUAUUAAAAAAUCAGUUCUACAAACAUAAACAUUUCCUUUUGCUAAUUCAUUAACAGUGCACGAGUGUUCCAGCAAAUUCUGACUAAUACAGGGACCGGGAAUAAAUUCCAAGAAAGCUCUGUUAGGAUGAUACCUCAGUUUAGAUCUACCUUUGAAAUAAAAUUUGUUACGACAACUGGCUACAGAGACCCUGCUCAGUGCUGCCCCUCAGAGUCCCGGUGCCCACAGCAUCUGGGUGGCAGCUGAGGCCCUGCAAUCCUGUUUGGUAGCAAGGGCUUAUACAGUAAUUCACUCCUCCGUGUGCAGCCCCUCCAAUCCAAAUACUAUUCUUAAAACAGUCUUGGUAAGAGACCUGUGAAUGUGAAAUUAUAUUCUUUUUCACUUUUCUUAAAAAUCCAUUGUAACUUCCAUUUCAUGCAAAGCUUAUAACCUUGGGUGGAAGAAAUCUGCUUCUCAGUUUUCUCCUUGUGUCACACUCUUCCUGCACCUUUCAACACUUCUCCAAAACCCUAUUUAUUUGCUUAAUUCCUUUACUUGGCAUUUCCUUCACCCUGGCAUCAGUCAGUGUAUUUUCCUCGACAGUAUUCCCAUCUCUUUUCAAACAUAUGUGUUCUACAGUGAAGUGUGACCAAAAUGCCUUCCAGUGUUUUUAUGCAGUCUGGUUCUCUGCUACAUGGCUGCUCUCCUUUUUGUGUAUUCUGCCCUUUGAAGCAAUGUGUGAGUUGAAGGUUUUAAAAUAAGGAUCAAAAAUCCAUGGCUUUAACUCAUUUGCUUACCUUUGAUACUGGCUCCUUGAAGAACUGUCCUGAGGGAAUUUAGGAAUCAGGCUGCAUGUCCCUCAGAAUCCAGUUUCUGUGCUGUGGUUUACCUGGAAAGAAAGAGAACAGCAUUUUUGAAGUUUUGCAGCUAUUAUAAAGGAAUAAAAUAAUUAAUGCUU